GUCUCGCGCCCGCUUCGCUCGUCUGUACUCGCUCAGCGCUACGGUCGCGUCGCAAAACUUUCCCAGCGCGAGCAAACUUUCAAAACUCGCCGCCUGCAUCGUUGGCAGCUCGCCGCACUUUGUCCAGUUCUGUUCGAUUUCUGUGUGUGUUUUAUGGUGUUGAUGUGGUGUGAGGUGAUCUGAAGAUGCGGGGCGCCUGGCAGGCGUGGUGGCUGGCGCUCGCGCUGGCCGCCGCAGUCGCCGCACAGACCGACACCAGACAUUUAUCAGGGGACACGAUAUGCCCCAACGGCAUGUUCCGCUGCCCCGAGGGCAAGUGCAUCCCCUCGCUAUGGGUCUGCAACUACCAGAGCGACUGCGCCAAGGCCGAGGACGAGUUCCAAUCCUGUCCGCCGCCGGAGUGCGAGGCGGGCCAGCUCGCGUGCGGACAAUACGUGUUCAACAAGACGUACUGCUUGCCGCCGCACCAUCGCUGCGACAUGCACGUGGACUGCGUUGAUGGCACCGACGAGGCCGACUGCACAUACCGCAAGUGCCAGGCGGAGGAUUUCCAGUGCGGGCUGGAGAGUACAUCCUCCGGCAAGGCGGCCUCCCAGGGCCUCUGCAUUCCCAAGGAGAAGCGUUGUGACGGAUACCUGGAUUGUCGCACGGGCAAGGACGAGGCGGACUGUCCGGGGCAGACGCUGGCGUGCCGGCUGGACCAGUUCCGCUGCGCCAACGGGCUGCGCUGCGUCGACGCCGCUCUCAAGUGUGACCAUACCGACGACUGCGGCGACAACUCUGAUGAGGCGCAUUGCAGCUUCCCGCCGUGCCACAUAGGGCAGUUCCGGUGCAGCAACGCGCUGUGCAUUCCGGCCACGUACCAGUGCGACGGCUACCGCGACUGCGGUGACGGCAGCGACGAGGCCAACUGCACCGCCAUCGCCUGCCCCGACAACAAGUACCUGUGUCCGCGCGGCGCGCCCGGCGGCCAGCACCGCUGCAUUGCACGUGCACAACUCUGCGACGGCAAGCGCGACUGCGAGGACAACGCCGAUGAAGAGUCCGCAUGCUCGACGUCGUCAUGCCCAGCCCUGGAGUGCGAGUACAAGUGCGUGGCGUCACCGAACGGCGGCACGUGCGCAUGCGCUGCAGGGCUCGCGCUGGCGCCCGACGGCCGCAGCUGUGCCGACCGCGACGAGUGCCGCGACUGGGGACCCUGCCACCAGCUCUGCGUCAACACGCCGGGAUCGUACAGCUGCGCUUGCGCUCCGGGCUACACGCUGGAGGAGAAAGGGCGGUGCACAGCGCGCGGCGCGGGUGCGUGGCUGGCGCUGGCGCAUGCGCGCGGCGUGCUGCGGCUUGACGCGCUCGCGCACGCACAGCCCUCGCCCCCGCUGCAGCUGGCCAACGCGUCGGCCGCCGCCGGCCUGGACUUUCACUACCGCCGCAACAUGCUCUACUGGUCCGAUCUCAAGACGAGGAAGAUCCACUCGCAGCCGCUGAACGCGCCGGCGGGCAUCACAACGUCAUACGGCGCGGACAUCUCACCGGCGGGCUCGUGGGCGCCGGUAGCGCUCGCCGUGGACUGGGUGGGCGACAAGCUGUACGUAGCGGACGCGCUAGGCCAGAAGGUGGAUGUGUUUGAGCUGGACGGGCGCUGGCAUGCAGUGGCGCUCGCUUCUAACCUCUCCAGCCCCAGCGACCUGGCGCUUGACCCAACCCUUGGACUCAUGUUCAUCGCUGAUAGCAAUCAGAUAAUUCGAGCGAAUAUGGACGGAACGCAUUCCAAGUCAAUAGUAUCGGAGGCGACGUACAAGGCGUCCGGCAUCGCGGUGGACACGAUCGCGAGAAGGAUAUUCUGGUGCGACUCGCUGCUCGACUACAUUGAGACCGUGGACUACGACGGCAACUACCGCUUCCUCGUGCUACGCGGCCAGCAGGUCCCCAGCCCCUCCCGCCUGGCGCUUUUCGAGGACAGGGUCUACUGGUCCGACAGCACGAAGCAGGGCAUCAGUUCCGUGAGCAAAUACGAGGGUGCCAGCAGCAUACAGGCGAUAUAUAAAAUGAAAGAUAUUAUCAGCCCCAAAGCCGUGACUGUGGUCCACUCGCUUAAGCAGACGUCGGUGAACAACCCGUGCGGAAACAACAACGGCGGCUGCUCGCAGAUGUGCAUCGUGACCGCGCUGCAGACGGGCGGGCUCGGCUACCGCUGCGCCUGCAACGUCGGGUACAGGUUGGAAACCGACUUGAGGAACUGCGAUCUUGUCACGGAGUUCCUUAUGUAUUCCCAGCAGAGGUUUAUCAAAGGGAAAGUCCUCAAUCCGGUCAUCGAAGGCUUUAGCGAGGCGAUCCUUCCGGUAGUCUCACGACGCGCCAGAUUUGUGGGUCUCGACUUUGAUUCGCGAGAUGAGCACAUUUACUACUCGGACGUUCUUCAAGACGUGAUCUAUAGAGUUCACCGAAACGGAACGACCAAAGAAAUAGUUCUGGCGUCACAGAACGAGGGCGUUGAAGGAUUGGCUGUCGAUUGGGCGUCGAAGAAUCUAUACUACAUUGAUUCCAGAAAAGGGACUCUCAACGUCCUGUCGACGAGAAACGUCAGCUACAAGAGAACGCUACUCAAGGACUUGAAACGACCGCGCGCCAUCGUCGUCCACCCCAACAAAGGCUUUAUCUUCUUUUCGGAGUGGGACCGCCCGGCGAACAUCAGUCGAGCUAACACCGAUGGCAGCGGGCUGCUGGUCUUCGAGAACGUGACGCUGGGCUGGCCCAACGGCCUCUCCAUAGACUUCGACGCCGACCGCCUCUACUGGUGCGACGCGCUGCUCGACCACGUGCAGCACUCCAAGUUAGACGGCACCGACGUCAACACUAUUAACUCCAGACUCAUAAGGCAUCCUUUCUCGAUCGUUAUUUACAAGGACUUCAUGUACAUCACCGACUGGAGGCUGGAUGCGAUCGUCCGUUUGCACAAGUUGACCGGGCAGCAGGAAGACAUAAUGGUCAGGGAGCCGCAAACGAACCGUCUUUACGGCGUAAAGGUGUAUAGUGAGCAGGUACAAAAGAUAGACCCGAUGCAACCUUGCGCACGCAACAACGGGAACUGCCAAAAGCUUUGCUUCGCUGUACCGCGUAACAACACGGAGCUGCUGACGGUGAAGUGCGGGUGUCCGUACGGAGAGAAACUGGCUGCCGACAGCACCAGCUGCGUGGCCGACCCCAGCGCCGAGCCGCCGCUGCAGGCCUGCCCCAACUCCUGGGACUUCACCUGCAACAACCAGCGCUGUAUUCCCAAAAGCUGGGUCUGCGACGGCGACGACGACUGCCUCGACAACAGCGACGAGGAGCAGAAUUGUACCAAGACGACGUGCAGCUCGUCAGAGUUCAUGUGCAAGUCGGGGCGCUGCAUUCCGGCGACGUUCAAGUGCGACUCUGAGAACGACUGCGGCGACUUCUCGGACGAGACGGGCUGCGUCAACGUGACUUGCGGCGCCUCGCAGUUCCAGUGCGACAAUGGCCGCUGCGUGCCCGCCACCUGGAAGUGCGACUCCGAGAACGACUGCGGGGACGGCUCCGACGAGGGCUCGCACUGCGCCGAGAAGACCUGCGCAUACUUCCAGUUUACGUGUCCGCGCACCGGGCACUGCAUUCCGGCGUCGUGGGUGUGCGACGGCGACGACGACUGCUUCGACAAGCAGGACGAGGCCGACUGCCCGCCCGUCUCCUGCCUCGCCACGCAGUUCAAGUGCGCCGACCUCAAGCAAUGCGUACAGGAGGCGUACAAGUGCGACGGCAUCCCGGACUGCAACGACGGCAGCGACGAGGCGGGCUGCCCCGCGCUGGCGCCGCACCAGUGCGCACCCGAUAAGCAGGCGCAAUGCCGCUCCUCUGGAAUCUGCAUACCCAGCACCUGGUACUGCGACGGCACACCGGACUGCGAGGAUCUGUCGGACGAGCCGGCGACGUGCGGCGCGACAGCGUGCGGCCCGCAGCAGUUCCGCUGCGACAACGGCCGCUGCGUGUACCGCGCCGCCGUGUGCGACGGCCGCGACGACUGCGGCGAUGGCAGCGACGAGAGCGCCGCCCACGCCUGCAAGCCGCCGCCCUUCCGUUGUCCCUCCGGGCAGUGGCAGUGCCCCGGCGUGACCGGCCGCUGCGUCAACCUUACGAAGGUCUGCGACAACAGCUUCGACUGCCCCAACGGAGCCGAUGAAGGUGCGAGUUGCGAUUUCGCCGAAUGCGAGCACCAAAGUGGGCUCUGCUCAAACGGCUGCAAACAGACGCCCAACGGGCCGCUGUGCCUGUGCCCCGCGGGCGAGGAGUUGGAGCGCGACGGCCUCACCUGCAAGGAUGUAAACGAGUGCGAGCCGCCCGGCCUCUGUUCGCAGGGUUGCACCAACACCAAGGGCUCCUACUUCUGCAGUUGCGUGGAGGGCUACCGUCUCAACACCGACAAACACGCGUGCAAAGCCAACAACCACUCCAGCGCCUUCCUCAUCAUAUCCAACCGGCACUCUAUCCUGGUCGCCGACCUUAACGAGCAGGGCCUCGAGCGCGUACCCAUCAACGUGGAGAACGUGGUCGCGACCGCCUCCAAUAUGCACACAGGGACAAUAUUCUGGUCCGAUAUGAAACUGAAGAAGAUCUCCAGGCUUGACCGUGGCAGCGAGCCGCAGGUCAUCAUCUCAACCGGCCUGGACCUGGUCGAGGGCCUGGCGUACGAUUGGGUAGGUGGUAAUAUCUACUGGUUGGACAGCAAGCUGAAUACAAUCGAGGUGGCGAAAGAGGACGGCAGCGCGAGAACCACCCUGCUGAGCGGGAACAUCACGCAGCCGCGCGGCAUGUGCCUCGAUCCCGCGCCCACCGCCGGCUGGCUGUUCUGGACUGACUGGGGAGAGAACCCCCGCAUCGAGAGGAUCGGCAUGGACGGCACGCAGCGCUCCGCUAUCAUAACCACCAAGAUAUACUGGCCGAACGGCCUUACUCUGGACACUGCCACGCAGCGAGUUUACUUCGCGGACUCCAAACUGGACUUCAUCGACUUCUGCUACUACAACGGUACCGGGCGGCAGCAAGUGUUGGCCGGCAGCCACUACCUACUGCACCCUCACUCGCUCACUCUGUUUGAAGACACGCUGUACUGGACGGACCGCCAGCUCAACCGUGUGCUCUCAGCUCACAAGUUCAAGGGCACGAACCAGACCGUGGUGUCGCACCUCAUCUCGCAGCCGCUGUCCAUCCACGUGCACCACCCCUCGCUGCAGCCGCAGUACCCCUCGCCAUGCCGCGACCACCCCUGCGACCACCUCUGCCUGCUGAGCCCCAACCGCACAGCGCAGCGCACCUGCCUCUGCAAACCGGGCUACAAGUUGCUGCCCGACGGAAAAUGCAUAGAAGAGGAAUCCGCGUACUUGAUGAUUCUCAAAGGAUCUCAGAUCAUCGACUUAUCGCCCGACGGGUCAGGGCGGGCAGGCCAGCUGUCGCCGGUCGUAGGAGUACAAGGCGGAGUGCAGCUGGAGUACGACCGGCAAGGGCGCGUGCUGUACUGGCUACAGGCAGCAGGCGACGCGGAUGACGACAACUGUACCGUAUACACCAUGCCCUACGGCGGCGGCGAGCGCGCCGAACUGCUGGGCGCCGACACCGGCGUGGUGGGCGCGCCCGCGGCCAUCGCCUUCGACUGGAUCGGUCGCAACCUUUUCCUGGCCAACCGCAUUGCCAGCAACAUCGAGCUCGUUCGUGUCGACGGCAAGCUCAAGUACAGGACCGUCGUGUUCGCCAACGACGGCAGCAAGACCUCCAUAGCGCGCCCGCGUGCCAUCUGUCUCGACCCCACCGAAGGAAAAAUAUACUGGUCAGAUGAAGGAGGUUUCGGAGUUCCUGCCAAAAUCGGAAAAGUGAACAUGGACGGUACAAACCCGGCGAUUUUAGUCGAUGGCAUAGAGCGACCCGAAGCCGUGGCCAUCGAUGUGGACAAAAAAAUUCUUUACUUUAGUACCCAAUUCCCUGCCAGCGUUAACAGCGUAAACACGGACGGAAAUGACAGAAAAACGAUCCUAACGGAGGCCAACGCCAUCUCGUAUCCGAAGGUCAUCGCGGUGCUAGACUCGCGACUCUACGUCCUCGAUCCCCGCCACGAGAAGAUCAUCAAGGCCGACCUCCCGAACGGCGACAACAUCAAAGUUAUACUCGACAACGAAAGCGAUCUGAAAUCUCUCACUAUAUUCCAGAAGAGGAAGAUGAUGCAUCAUCACCCGUGUACCCUGAACAACGGAGGCUGCGAGCAAAUUUGUAUCCCUAGCGACGGAGGCUCGCGCAUCUGUUCCUGCUCCAUCGGAUACAAAAAAGAAAACGAGGUGAACUGCGUGCCCUACAAGACGUUCGCUGUGGUCUCUCAGUUGGACCUCAUCCGAGGCUAUAGUCUCGAGGGUAGCGCCGAGGCGAUGGUGCCCGUUACCGGCCAGGGCCACCACAUCCUGCACGUCGACGUACACUUCUCGGACAACUUUAUUUACUGGGUGGAGUUCAACCGUGGUCAAUGGAACGGAAUAUUCCGCAUCCGACCAAACGGAACGGAACUGGAGCACGUCAUUAAGGACGGUAUCGGCAGCAACGGCAUUAGGGGCUUAGCUGUCGAUUGGGUUGCCGGCAACUUGUAUUUCACGAACGUCUUUCCGCACGAAAAUUACGUGGAAAUGUGUUGGCUCGAUGGAUCCCACAGAAAAGUUCUUGUUAAAACGACAAUGGAUGCCCCCAGAGAGCUCGCUGUCAAUCCGUUGAAAAGGCUUCUCUAUUGGAUCGAUUACGGACAAUAUCCGAGAAUAGGAAAAGCGUACCUGGACGGUAGCAACUGGCAGACGGUCGUCAGUUCUGGAAUUUCGAAUCCUAGAGACUUAACGAUAGACAUGAUGACCCACGACGUCUACUGGGUCGACUCGAAGUUGGACCAGAUUCAGAAGAUAUCCUACAACGGCGGUAAUCGACAGCUCAUCCGGUCCAAUUUGCCGAAUCCUAUGGGUUUAGCGAUCCACACCGGCAGCGUUUACUGGGUGGAUAGAAAUCUUCAAACGAUCUAUAAGGCGUCCAAAUUACCUGGAAACAUGUCGAUGCCUGAGAAAUUGAGAACUAAUUUGCCAAAGUUGCGGGACAUCGUCAUAUUUGACAUAAACAAUCAGCCGACGGACGACAAUAAUCCUUGUCGCAAGCUUGGCAACGGGGGGUGCGAGCAGCUGUGUUUCAGCUACCCGCCGGACGCAAACAAGGGCUACACGCAUAGGUGCGACUGCGCCACCGGUCAAAUAUCGGCUACCAACCCGAAGAAAUGCGACGUAGUUGAUGAAUAUCUCGUCUUCACAACGAGAACUGAAAUUCGUGCUGUGAAUUUGGAUCCCAAAUCGACCGGCGUUCCGUUUAAACCUAUCGGCAAUUUGACCAACGUCGUCGGUGUAGAAUUUGACUACGCAGACAACAAGCUUUUCUUUACCCAAAUAAGACCGUGGGCGCGAAUUGCAUGGAUGUCGUCCAUCAACCCUGAAUCUUCAAAAAUACAAAAUAUCAUUAGCAAAAACAUUAACCCCGAAGGAAUUUCAUAUGACUGGACCCAGAAGAAAAUCUAUUGGACCGAUAGCUCCAACAACUCUAUCUACGCUAUGAAUCUCGAUGGCACCGAGCUGGUUAUGAUUGCGCGAGUGGAGCGCCCCCGGGCAAUCGUCGUCGACCCUUGCAAUGGAACCUUGUACUACACCGACUGGGGUCGAUUCGGCACUUCUGGGAAGAUCUACCGAACUACCAUGGCAGGUUCCCUAAAGAAAGCAAUAAUAGACAAAGACUUGUCGCAACCGAGCGGGUUGACCAUCGAUUUUGACGAAAGCAUGUUGUACUGGACUGACGCAGUUCGGGAAAAAAUCGAACGCUCCAAACUGGAUGGAUCCGAUAGAGAGGUUCUUAUAUCCGCAACAAUUUACCCUUUCGCCAUCACGGUAUUUAGAAAUUAUAUCUACUGGACUGACUUACAAUUACGUGGCGUGUAUCGGGCAGAAAAGCACACCGGCGCCAAUAUGGUGGAAAUGGUCAAACGAUUAGAAGAUUCCCCGAGAGAUAUUCACAUCUACAGUACGAGCCGACAAUCGUGCAAGAUAAAUCCUUGCCUCAUAAGUAACGGAGGAUGUGCACAAAGUUGUCAUCCGGCUCCUAAUAAUUCAGUCGAAUGCAAAUGCGAUGACAACACCAAAUUGGUCAACGAGGGACGCAUGUGUGUAACAAAGAACAUCACUUGUGAUCCUAGCAAAUUCUUCUGUGCCAAUGGCAAAUGUAUCAGCCGCAUGUGGUCCUGCGACGGCGACGACGACUGCGGGGACGGCUCCGACGAAGACAAGAACUACUGCGCGUAUCAUUCCUGCUCGCCUAACGAAUUCCGCUGCAACAACGGUCGUUGCAUCUUCAAAUCCUGGAAAUGCGACCACGAGAACGAUUGCAAGGACGGCUCCGACGAGGAAGGCUGCAUUUACCCGCCCUGUGCUGAAGGCGAAUUCACCUGUCUGAACUCCCGCUGCAUCCCAACGUCCCAAGUCUGUAACGGUAUCAACGAUUGCAAGGACAACAUUACCUCCGACGAAACUCAUGAACGGUGCCCGAGGAAUACAACGUGUCCCACCAAUCAUCUAAAGUGCGAAAAGACCAACAUUUGCGUCGAGCCCUACUGGUUAUGCGACGGAGAUAACGACUGUGGUGACAAUUCGGAUGAGGACCCGCUGCACUGCGCACAGAGAACCUGCCCGCAAAACAGCUUCCGCUGCCCCAACCACCGGUGCAUCCCCGCCACGUGGUACUGCGACGGCGACGACGACUGCGGGGACGGCGCCGACGAGCCGCCCGAGUACUGCCGUUCCGAGGGUCGCACUUGCUUCGGCGACCUGUUCACUUGCGACAACGGCAACUGCAUUCCCAGGAUCUACAUUUGCGACGGCGACAAUGACUGUCUCGAUGGCAGCGAUGAGGACGACAGACACCAAUGCAACGAAAGGAAAUGCGACCCAGAAACGGAAUACACCUGCGAAGAAAACAAGUUCUGGAACCGCGCGCAGUGCAUUCCGAAGAAAUGGGUCUGCGACGGCGACCCGGAUUGUAUCGACGGCACGGACGAAAAUUCAACCAUCCACCAUUGCUCGACGCCCACGCCUUGCUCGGAUGAUCAGUUCCAGUGCAACAACGGACGGUGCAUUAACCAAGGAUGGAUGUGCGACCACGACAACGACUGUGGAGACGGCUCGGACGAAGGAAAGCACUGCAACACACAGUACAAACAGUGCACGGAUCAGGAGUUCAAGUGUCAAAACUUCAAAUGUAUCCGAAACCACUUCAGAUGUGACGGCGAAGACGACUGUGGAGACCAUUCGGACGAAGUUGGGUGCGUCAAGGAGAACAAGACGUGCCCAGCAGGCCAAUUCAAGUGCAAUAACGAUCGGUGCAUCGACAACAGCCUCGUGUGCAACAAGGUGUCGGACUGCAGCGACGACUCUGACGAGCCCGCCCACUGCAACGUCGACGAGUGCGCCAAGCUGGAGAUAAACCAGUGCGGCCACAAAUGCAUCGACACGCUGACCGGAUACUACUGCGAUUGUAACCAGGGCUACAAGCUGCUCGGGGAUGGGAAGGCGUGUGCUGAUAUCGACGAAUGCAUCGAGAGUCCCGGCGUCUGCUCUCAGUAUUGCUCCAACACGCCUGGCUCGUACUACUGUAAAUGUAACGAUCAAUACUACGAACGAGAAGCAGACGAGCGUACUUGCAAGAGAAAGGACAACACAACGGCAUGGGUCAUAUUCACUAAUAAAUACUACGUAAGAAACAUGUCGACCGACGCGUCCCGUUACAACUUGGUGCACCAAGAUCUUAUGAAUGUUGUGGCUAUAGACUUUGAUAUAAAAGAACAGAAAAUGUAUUUCGCUGACGUUUCAGCUAAGACAAUAUACAAAUCCGAUUACUCAGAUCCCAAUCCGACAAAAGAGGUCGUAAUAAGACACGAUUCUCACGGUUUAGAAGGUAUAGCCAUCGACUGGAUAGGCAGAAAAAUCUAUUGGCUAGAUCGGCACUCUAAAAACCUAGACGUCGCUGAGCUGGAUGGUACCAGAAGGAAGACUUUAAAGACCGGCAUUGCUGACCCGCGCGCUAUAGUGGUGCACCCUGGCACCGGUUACUUGUAUUACACCUCGUGGCAUCUUCAAGCUUACAUCGGAAAAAUCGGCAUGGACGGCUCCAAUUUCACGGCGAUAUUGAACUGGGAAGACGACAUCGCCUGGCCCAAUGCUUUGACCAUAGACUACUUCACCGAUAGAAUAUAUUGGGCCGACGCUCAUCUAGAUUACAUCGGCUCGGCUGAUUUGGAAGGCAGGCAUAGACACAUCGUCCUAUCCGGCACUAAAGUCCCUCAUGUAUUCGCUCUUAGUCUAUUCGACGACGAAAUUUAUUGGACCGACUGGAAUCUUAAGGCUAUAAGCAAAGCAAAUAAACAUUCCGGGGAAAAUCUAACUGUGUUACGUAACACCACACAUCGCCCAUAUGACAUUCACGUUGUCCAUCCCUUGAGGCAGCUCACUUAUCCAAAUCCUUGCGGCGUUAAUAACGGAGGCUGCUCCCACCUCUGUCUUAUCGCACCACCGCACGAAUCGAGCUACCUAAACAUCGAAGGCUACGGCGAGGAAGGAGCAACAACGUACAAAUGCGCCUGUCCGAAUCAAUUUUUCUUGGCUAGGGAUAUGAAGACUUGUAUAGCCAACUGCACGGACGGCCAGCAUAGAUGCAACGGGCGCGACGAGAAGUGCAUACCUUGGUUCUGGAAAUGUGACGGCGAAAAAGAUUGCAUGGACGGCUCGGACGAACCGGAAACCUGCCCAGUGAGGCACUGCAGAGCUGGUUCUUUCCAGUGCAAGAACACCAACUGCACCCCCGCGGCCACCAUCUGCGACGGCACCGAUGACUGCGGCGACGGUAGCGACGAGGCCGAGUGCGCGCACGAAUGUCCUCUUCUAGAAUUUAAAUGUAAAGCCAGCGGCAGGUGCAUUCUGGACAGCUGGAAGUGUGACGGCGACACCGAUUGCAAAGACAACAGCGACGAGGACCCGGCCAUGUGCCACAACAGGCCCUGCAACCCUGACACUGAGUUCUCCUGCAAGAACGGCCGCUGUAUUCCCAAGUUGUGGAUGUGUGACUUCGACAACGAUUGCGGCGACGACUCCGACGAGCCGGCGUACAUGUGCCGUCAAAAGAACUGCACCACGGGAUGGCGUAGGUGUCCCGGACAGUCCAACUAUAGAUGCAUACCGAAAUGGCUGUUUUGCGACGGCAAAGACGAUUGCCGAGACGGCUCGGACGAGCUUCCCGAGAACUGUCCCACUUGCAACCCGGAAACGGACUUCACGUGCGAGAACAAGCGCUGCAUACCGAAGCAGUGGUUGUGCGACUUCGCGGACGACUGCGCCGACGGCAGCGACGAGGCGGAGGCUGUGUGCCGGCACAAAUACCGCGACUGUUCUGAAUCUGAGUUCAAGUGCGGCAACGGCAAGUGCAUAUCAUCGCGCUGGCGCUGCGACCAUGAGGAUGACUGCGGCGAUAACACCGACGAGUCCGACUGCGGUGGCUUCCAGUGCAAGAAUGGUACCUUCCAGUGCAAGUCGGGCCACUGUAUCGCGGCCUACUUCCGCUGCGACGGCGACCGCGACUGCCGGGACCUUUCCGACGAGAUCGGCUGUCCGCCUCGCUUCCCCGGCGGCCGGUACUGUCCCGAGAGCAGAUUUCAGUGCGGCAACAACCUGUGCGUGUCACAGUCGGACCUGUGCGACGGCACCGACGACUGCGGCGACGGUAGCGACGAGGCGGCCGCCAUCUGCACCAACUUCAACUGUGACACGCUGCGCCGCUUCCACUGCGACAACCACCGCUGCGUGCCCAGAUACCAAGUGUGCGACGGCGUGGACAACUGUGGCGACGGCUCGGACGAGAACAACAUGACGCUGUGUGCGGCGCGCGCGCGUCCCUGCGACCCCGCCACGCAGUUCCAGUGCGCCAACCGGCGCUGCGUGCCGCGCACCGCGCUCUGCGACCUGCGCGACCACUGCGGCGACGCCUCCGACGAGCUCGGCUGCCACACGCAGCGCACCUGCGACCUCACGCACAAAGGAGGCUGUGAACAAUUCUGCACGAACAUAACUGGGCCCGGAGGCGCUGGGGCGCCGGGCGGUUACAUCUGCAGCUGCUUCCCGGGCUAUAUCAUAGCGGCAGGCGACAGCAAGAAGUGCGUCGACGUGGACGAGUGUGCAACCGGCGCGCACCGCUGUAGCCACCUCUGCCACAAUCUCAACGGCAGCUACAGCUGUUCCUGCCGGGAGGGCUUCCGACUGGCGGAUAAUCUAUCCGGAGUGUGCAAAGCGGAGGAGGACGACGUGGUGCUGAUGUUCGCUAACGGGCCCGUCAUCCGGGCCUUCGUGCGGGACAAUAACGAGGAGUUCGACGUCAUCACCUCGGAGAAGAGGAUCGAGGCCAUCGAUUACGACCCGCAACGAGAGAUGAUCUUCUGGGCGGACAGCUACGAGAAGACCAUAAAGCGAUCCUACAUGGUGAACGCGCUCGACGGGCGGGUGAAGACCGGCUUCGCGCAGGAUCUAAACAUGAAAGGCAACUCCAAGCCGACCGCGCUGGCCGUCGACUACGUCGGGGACAACCUGUACUGGACGGAGGCCGACCGCACGGGCUCCAAGCCUCGCGGGCGCGUCAUGGUGGCUCGCAGCGACGGCCGCUACCGCCGCGCGCUCGUCUCCGCCGGGAUCGAGAGCCCCACCUCGCUCGCGUUAGACCCGCAGAUGGGCCGCAUGUUCUGGGCCGACGCCGGUUCCGCGCCCAAGAUAGAGAUCGCCUGGAUGGACGGCUCCAAGAGGCGGCCCGUCGUCACCGAGAACAUCAGACACCCCACCGGGCUGGCCAUCGACCACGCCAUGGACCACGCGAUAUUCUGGGCGGACACGAAACUGAACACGAUCGAGACGAUGCGCCACGACGGCUCCAACCGGCGCGUCGUGCUCAAGGGCGACGCGCUGCGGCACCCGCUCUCGCUGGACGUGUUCGAGUCCUCGCUGUACUGGGUGACGCGCGACACGGGCGAGCUCGUGCGCCAGGACAAGUUCGGUCGCGGCGUGCCCUUCGUCAUCUCCAAAGAUCUAGUCAACCCCUCGGCCGUCAAAGUAUACCACCCGCGGCGCUACAACGCGACGGGGCUGCGGGGCGCGGCGUGCGCGCGGCUGCCGUGCUCCCACCUAUGCCUGGCGGUGCCGGCGGGCCGCCGCUGCGCCUGCCCCGACCAGCUGCAGCCGCCCAAGCGCGCCACACAGCUGCUCGCCUGCGACGCCGCGGUGGAGAGUCCGCGCGCGCUGCCGCUGGCGUGCCCGUGCGAGAACGGCGGGACGUGCGAAGCGAGCGCUGGGGGUGCGGGGGGUGCGGGGGGUGUGGGGGGCGAGGACGCGGUGGUGUGCCGCUGCCGCGCUCCGCUGCAGCCGCCGCACUGCGCCGCGCCCGCCGCGCCGCGCGCCGGCUCCGCGCACGUGCUGCUGCCGGCGCUGUUGGCCGCCGCGCUGGCGCUCGCCGCCGCCGCCGCCGCCUUCUUCGUCAUCCGCAAGCGGCCCUUCGGCAAAGGCGUCGGCCUGGGCAGCCUGGCGUCCUCGCAGAGCGUGUCCUUCCGCGCGGGCUCCAACGUGGAGUUCGGAGGCGCGGUGGGGGGCGUGGGGGGCGUGUCCGCGGGCGCGGGGGGCGCUGCGGGAGGCGCGGACGCGUACGCGCUGCACGAGCCGCGCAAGGGCCGCGACUUCAGCAACCCAAUGUACGACGCGGUGACGCGCGCCGCCGCCAACGGCGACCCCGAACCGCCCUUGCCGGGCAUUUACGAGGUACCAGAAGAAGUAAAAGAAAAAGUAGGAUCGGCGGUGCUGUCGCCGUCGUCGAGUGAGACGCGGGGUGUGGGCGGUGCGGGCGGUGUGGGCGCGCUGGGCGGGCCGCCGGCGGGCGCGCGCGCGCUCGACCCCGCAGCAGACCUCGGCCGCGACACGCAGCGGCUGGUGCGCGAGGACCGACACGACCACGACGGCGACUGCUAGCAGGCCCCGCCCCGCCCCGCACCGCCC